CAUCCUCACGAGAUACCCAUCAUCAUCAUCAUCAUCAUCAUCAUCAUCAUCAUCAUCAACACCCAUUCGUGUAAACAGAUUCAGAAAUCAAGACACCCACUUUCGGUUUGUUCUUUGCUCCCAAAAAUCUGCUUUCCAAGAUUGAUUCUAUACACAUCAAAACCUUCAAACAGCUUUUCAUAAGCGUCGGAGCCGUUGAAGGCAGAGAUUGGAGUGAGGAGCUUCACGAUUGCUAUUGAAUCAAUGGAGGUUGACAUUGUCAAAGCCGCUUUGGACUGGAGAUCAAGCUUGUUGAAGCUUGUGGUGAACUCAAUGGUUAGGUUACAGUUUUGGACUCCAAAAUUCCAUGGUUGCGUGGAAAUAAAAGGGAACAUUCUUGACGACACCAUGUUCAUCCAAGCACCCCACUAUGCUCAAUAUUUUCAGGGCUAUGCAAAACCUUCACGUCUUUUUCUAGCUGCAGAACCUGAAGUUUGUGCAGAUUCUUCACUGGAGAGGAUUCUUACAUCUUUCAAAGUGGGGGGAUGCAAGUGUUUAUACAAAGUCAAGCUACAUACAAGUAAUAUCUAUGGAUCAGGUCUUAGUGAUUUAAAUGCUGGCAUACUGCUUUGUUUGAUAGAUGAAAAUGGUGACUCGAUCUUACAAAGGAUACCGGCAAGUCUGAUUAAAGAACAUUGUAAUCAAUUAGAGGACAAGAUUGUUUCUGAUGUACUCCAUUUCCAAAGGGGUUCUGUUGAUGAGUUCGCCUUUGAGGGACCUAAACUGGGGCAAGUUGAAGCUCUAUGGAUCAGUCUUGAAUCAGGUCAGUGGAGACUAGGAGAUGUUAGCUUAAUUGUCACUUUCCUGUAUCAACCGACAUCGGAAGAAAAUGGCAGAAAAGAAAUUCAAUAUGUUGGUUUUGAAUACAGAUUUGCGGUCGAGGAUACCUUGCUUGGUGAGGGAAGUGACAUUUCCAUGGCAGAACUGAGGCCUGGCCUAGUUAGAGAGUUUUCUUGGGACAACUUGACCUUGCUAAGUGAGUACCUCUUGCAACCUACAUCAAUUGUGAGUGACAGUGGAAUAACAAAUGAAGAAAGCAUGAGAGAGUAUGCGGAUUUGAAGUAUUCUUUGUUACUUUAUGAUGGUUUGCUUGUACUUGCUGGCUCGUCAAUUGCAUCCUUUUCAGUUGGGGAAAAUGCUGCAUUUGCAUUCUUAGGCGGUGGGAUUGGUGGCUUUUUAUAUCUGUUAUUGCUGCAGAAGUCCAUUGAUGGAUUACCAGCUCCUGCUGCAUCAUCAGCAUCAAUAAACAGAAGAGGGAAAUUUGCUCAAAUAUUCGGAAGAUUUAAGGGUCCAGUUUCAAGCCUAGUACUAGCAUUUGUAUUUGCUACUAUUGCAGUGAAAUAUGGUUCUGGAGACAGUGGUGGCAUGGUGUUAACACCGAAAGAAGUCGUGUUUGGGAUGCUGGGAUUUCUUGCAUGUAAGGUGGCUGUGGUGUUGGCAGCAUUCAAAACCAUGCCAAUGGGUUUAGAGGAGAACGAGUAACAGUAUAUAUUUUUUAUAUUUUAUCUAUUUUGUGUGUGUGUGUGUGAGAGAGAGAGAGAGACAGAAAUGUCAUAUUCAAGAAAAUGCUUGACUUACUAGCAGUUCUGAGCAGUCAGUCAUGGUUGAUAUUUAAGGCAGUAGUGAUAUUCAAAUGAUCAAUUAAUUACCUUUUGAAACAAAAUGAUAAUUCAAGUCCA